AUGAGGCUGAUAUUGCUCACCUUAUUCUUGAUUGCCGCUGUCGAUGGAGGCAUUGUAGACAAAGUAAAAGGAGUGUUCUCUGGCGAUGGUAGUUUUGGACAGAAACUGAAGAAUGCCACUAUUGUUGGAUUCAAGAAGCUCUUCGAAAACACGGCACUGUUCAAAAUCCGCGACAAGAUCAGAAGUAUGAAGGACAAGGUUUUGAAGACAUUGGAGUUAACACCAAAAAUGAUGAAAUCGCUCGAGGAAAGGUUGAAGUGCCACCCUGAACGGAUUGAAUUUUGCAGAGAUUGCGACCCAUCAAGAAGGAUAAAGUCGCAGAGAGAAGGAGACUCCAUCACUGAGGUCAACGAAUACAGUCAGGUUGGCAAGGAUCUCUACCAGAGCGACAUGGUGCUAACAGAGGAGCAAGCCGAGGAGAUUGUGCAAGAUAUAGAAGAUGAGGUUGCUGGUGAAAAUCGUGCAAAACGCCAAGCGUUCAAGGAUCAUAGAUAUCCAAAUAUGUUAUGGUCAGAAGGAGUGAAUUACUACUUCCAUAAGCUCGCUAGUAGAGAGAUGAGAAGUUCGUUCGAGAAAGGAGCGAAGCUAUGGGAACAGGAUACUUGCAUCAAUUUCACACGGAACCCAUUUGGUGAGAAAACACUGAAAUUGAUUUUCCUUGCUCUGGAUCACAACACUCGGCCUUUCAACAACUCGGAAUCCACCAUAAGAGGUUAUUGUUUCAGCCAAAGAUCGAAUUAUGGUAUUCCCGGAGGAUGGAUGUUGGUCUUACGUCGGGAAAACUCGGCGGUGAACAGAAACUGUCACUGGGACGUGGUUGUGAAACGGUAUCUAUCGCUGCGCACGAGCUUGGUCACGCUCUUGGAUUCUUUCCAUACAAUGUCUCGACACGAUCGUGACGACUUCAUCACGGUAAACAAGCACAAUAUCAAGGUAGACUGGCUAAGUCAAUUCAAUAAAGAAACAACGAAAACAAACGACAAUUACAACAUGACAUACGACUACGGCAGCAUUAUGCACUACGGCGGAACUAGCGCAUCGUUCAACAAAAAACCGACAAUGGUUCCGUUUGAUAUCGACUAUCAGCAGACCCUUGGAUCUCCGUUCAUUUCUUUCAUCGAACUGUCAAUGCUCAAUGAACACUACGGAUGCAAAGAAAACUGCGACAAAACCACAUCCGUCAAAUGCGAGAUGGGAGGAUUUCCUCAUCCCCGAGACUGCCAGAGAUGCAUCUGCCCUGGUGGAUAUGGCGGAGCUCGAUGUACUGAAAGAGCCUUGGUCCGUGAUGAGCAAGAAGACUUUGAGACAUGUCACUACUGGAUUGAAUCUCCUAAUGGAACCGAAAUCGAAGUGAAAUUAGUGAAUUUCACAAAAGGUCUUUCUGUUGACGGAUGCAGCUUAUGCAGGUGUAGAGAUCAAGACCAACGAGGACCAAACGCUCACUGGUUACAGGUAGGUGAAGAGAAAGAAAACGAUCGAAAUGACAGUUUAGCAGUUCUUCACAGAAUAGGGAACAAACUGAUUGCUGCAAUUUAUGUCAUGCACAAGCCUCAAAAUGUGACUUGA